GAGGUUAAAUAGGUCACUUCAACGCUGAACACCAAGACAAGCAGAGCACCCAUGAAGAUCUUCACCUGGGCUUCUGGCACCAUGACAUCACUUCAGAUGCUGCUCCUCACUGCCCUGCUUCUGGGGACUUCCCUGCAGCACGCCAGUGCUGCUCGAGCCACCAAUGUAGGCCGAGAGUGCUGCCUGGAGUACUUCAAGGGGGCCAUUCCCCUCCGGAGGCUGGUGGCGUGGUACAGGACCUCAGCUGAGUGCUCCAGGGAUGCCAUUGUGUUUGUAACAGUCCAGGACAGGCUCAUAUGUUCAGACCCCAAAGACAAGCAUGUGAAGAAGGCCAUCAGGUACUUGAGGAGCCUAAGGCAGUAGCCUGUCAUCAACCUCUCAGCCUGGAGCAUUUGAGGACUUCAGUAUUGGUGCCCAUGAUCCCAACCUGUGUCUGGUGGAGGCCUGGAGAGCCCAAGAGAAGCCGCAGAGUGGGAGUCCCUGUCCCCCCUUUUAUGGACUCAAGCUACAGGUGCACGCGUGCACGCAAACACUGAUUAAAGCUCU